AUGACCGAGGCCCAUAGCGGAAUGCAACCCGACGUUGGCGUAGCAGCCACCAGUCCGGAAAUUAUUCCGGAGCACAGACCAACAGCGGAGAAAUGGUGGUUAAUGCGGAAAUCGAGCAAACACCAACGAAACGUUGUGAGGUCUGAAGUUGACCAUCAGAUGCUGACUGCGCUCUCCGAGAAAAUAAGAAACAACAAAGCCUCCAAAACCAGACAGGAUCUCGACAGGGCCACCCCCAGCGUAAUCAAGAACCCCCCAGUUAUGGGCCCAGCCGUCUGGACCCCAAACCCAAUAUGCGACAGGGCAGUAGACCAAGGUCAGCCACAGGAAAGAGAACACCAUGGCAGGUAG